GCCGCCCUGCUCGCCCCAGAGGAAGUGGGCGUCAUCUCGCAGCCGUGCACCGCUCCACUCUCAUGACGACCAAGCUCAGCAAAUGUGCCUCCAUCUUAGAGAAGGUGGCGAAGAGUCUCAUGGCCAGUCCCGAACAUUACAGCCUGGACGUUCUGUCCCGUGUCAACUCUCCUCACAUCAUCAACAUUUGUGCCCGGGUCAGCCCAGUAGUGACAGCGUGUCCUAGAAGAGCCAGCCCAGAGUUCCGUUCGGCAGACGGCCGUUGCAACAACCAGCGUCGCCCCCUGUGGGGAAGCACUGAGCAGUGCCUGAAAAGGCUUCUCCCGCCCGAGUACGACGAUGGUUUUAUGUCGCCACGCACGAUCGGCCGAAACCGUGCUCGACUCCCCACCGCCCGACGGGUCAGCACGGUCAUGCACGAGGACCUGCGGAAAUCCAGCCAGGUUAACACUCACAUGGUCAUGCAGUUCGGACAGUUCCUGGACCACGACUUCACUCUUACACCUAGCUUCCAGGAAGAAGGUCUCGACUGUGACUGUGACUCUAUGGACGAACGCUGUUUCAACAUCAACAUCCCCUCUGAUGAUCGUGACUUCGCAGGCAGGCGCUGCCUGGGAUUCGCUCGCUCCCGAUCCUGUCCGAACGAAGGGUGCCGCAUGGGCCGCCGGCAGCAGCUGAACCAGAUCACCGCCUUCGUGGACGCCUCCAACGUCUACGGCUCCUCGGACAAAGAGAUACAAGAGCUCAGGGGGAGGAGCCAACGCGAUGGAACGCGCGGCCAGCUGAAGUCCAGACUGAACCCUGCAAAGGCUGACAAGAAGGAACUCCUGCCCGGCGCCUUCACGGAGGGAUUUGAGUGUGACGAAUUUACCGGGUCCGAGACGUGCUCGCAGGCUGGGGACGUCCGUGUGAACGAGCAGCCGGGACUGACCUCCAUGCACACCGUCUUCCUGCGGGAACACAACAGGAUCGCCAGGCGGCUGUCCCAAAUCAACCCGCGCUGGAGCGACGAUCGGGUGUUCUUCGAGACCAGGAAGAUCGUCGGCGCGCUGAUGCAGAAGAUCACGUACGGGGAAUUUCUUCCUCGCGUUCUCGGACCGACAACCAUGACUACUUAUCGCUUACGGCUCCUCCGAAGCGGCUUCUAUGGAGGGUACGACUCGAGGGUGAACCCCACCAUCUCUAACGUCUUCGCCACGGCAGCCUUCAGAUUCGGCCACAGUCUAGUUCAGAACCUUCUCCUCCGCUAUUCUUCUGACUUCAACGAGGCCAGCGCAUGCCCGAUUCGUCUGGCCUUUUCUUUCUUCAAUCCAUCCCACAUCUUCAACAACGACCAGGGUGGCCCGGACUCCAUCCUACGGGGACUGACCGCCCAGCCCCAUCAGGACUUCGACCGGUUCAUGGUCUCGGGCCUGACGAAAGACCUGUUUGCGGAUCCUCCCGGGUCAGGUCGCGGCCUGGACCUGGCGGCACUGAACAUUCAGCGGGGCAGAGACCACGGGCUACCCGGCUACAACGCCUGGAGGGUGAAGGUUGGCCUCCGCAGAGCGAGGAGCUUUGCCGACCUGGCGAGGGAGAUCCCUGAUGUCAACACGCGGCAGAAACUGGAGAGUGUGUACAGCCACGUGGACGACAUUGACCUGUUCGUGGGGGGUCUUGCUGAGGAGUCCAUGCCGGGCGGUGUCGUCGGUCCAACCUUCGCCUGUCUGCUCGCCAUGCAGUUCCAGGACCUCCGCAAGGGGGACCGCCUCUGGUUCGAGAACCGUGGACAGUUUACAGCAGCCCAAAUUGCUGAGAUCAGGAAGACCAGUCUGGCCCGGAUCCUGUGCGACAACACGGACGGCACCACACACAUGCAGCCGGACGUCUUCAGGCUGCCCACACAGCCUGGGAACGAGAGGGUGAGGUGCUCCUCUCUGUCCCGGAUGGACCUGACCAAGUGGCGAGUGUAGGGGGAUUCUCGUGUAGACUAGCCGGUUCGCUCUCCUACCAGGUUUCUUCCGUAAACCCACUUUCACCACAAUAAUUUCUCUGAUGCAUUUGCUAACAUCAGAAGUUGACUGAGACA